CCCCCAGCGGGGCUCUGCGCUGCUGGGGCUGGGGCGUCUGCUGCAGUCCCCAAGCACCAGGUCAUCCAAGGUCCUGCCGCCGGGCCGGGGCGGAGCCAGGGACGCCCGGCCUUCCUGCUUCCUGCGUCCUCGGCCCGCCUCUUUCCUGCCGCCGCCUGGAUGGGACGCGGGCUGCCAGGCACCCAGCUGUGCCCAGAUGGAUGGGACAGAGACUCGGCAGCGGAGGCUGGACAGUUGUGGCAAGCCAGGGGAGCUGGGGCUUCCUCACUCCCUCAGCACGGGAGGACUCCCUGGAGCCUCAGAAAAUGGAGCUCUCAGGACCCCUGAGAGCCAAAGUGUGACCCCCAAGCCACUGGAGACUGAGCCUAGCAGGGAGACCGCCUGGUCCAUAGGCCUUCAGGUGACCGUGCCCUUCAUGUUUGCGGGCCUGGGACUGUCCUGGGCCGGCAUGCUUCUGGACUAUUUCCAGCACUGGCCUGUGUUUGUGGAGGUGAAAGACCUUUUGACGUUGGUGCCACCCCUGGUGGGCUUGAAGGGGAACCUGGAGAUGACACUGGCAUCCAGACUCUCCACAGCUGCCAACACUGGACAAAUUGAUGACCCCCAGGAGCAGCACAGAGUCAUCAGCAGCAACCUGGCCCUCAUUCAGGUGCAGGCCACUGUCGUGGGGCUUUUGGCUGCUGUGGCUGCACUGCUGUUGGGCGCGGUGUCUCGAGAGGAAGUGGAUGUUGCCAAGGUGGAGUUGCUGUGUGCCAGCAGUGUCCUCACUGCCUUCCUUGCAGCCUUUGCCCUGGGGGUGCUGAUGAUCUGUAUAGUGAUUGGUGCUCGAAAGCUUGGGGUCAACCCAGACAACAUUGCCACGCCCAUUGCAGCCAGCCUGGGAGACCUCAUCACACUGUCCAUUCUGGCUUUGGUUAGCAGCUUCUUCUACAGACACAAAGAUAAUCGGUAUCUGACGCCGCUGGUCUGCCUCAGCUUUGUGGCUCUGACCCCAGUGUGGGUCCUCAUUGCCAAGCAGAGCCCACCCAUCGUGAAGAUCCUGAAGUUUGGCUGGUUCCCAAUCAUCCUGGCCAUGGUCAUCAGCAGUUUUGGAGGACUCAUCUUGAGCAAAACCAUUUCUAAACAGCAGUACAAAGGCAUGGCGGUAUUUACCCCCAUCAUAUGUGGUGUUGGUGGCAAUCUGGUGGCCAUUCAGACCAGCCGAAUCUCAACCUACUUGCACAUGUGGAGCGCACCUGGCGUCCUGCCUCUCCAGAUGAAGAAAUUUUGGCCCAAUCCAUGUUCUACUUUCUGCACAUCAGAAAUCAAUUCCAUGUCAGCUCGAGUCCUGCUCUUGCUGGUGGUCCCAGGCCAUCUGAUUUUCUUCUACAUCAUCUACCUGGUGCAGGGUCAGUCAGUCAUAAACAGCCAGACAUUUGUGGUGCUCUACCUGCUGGCAGGCCUGAUCCAGGUGACAAUCCUGCUGUACCUAGCAGAAGUGAUGGUUCGGCUGACUUGGCACCAGGCCCUGGAUCCUGACAACCACUGCAUCCCCUACCUUACAGGGCUGGGGGACCUGCUCGGUACUAGCCUCCUGGCACUCUGCUUUUUCACUGACUGGCUACUGAAGAGCAAAGCAGAGCUGGGUGACAUCUCAGAACUGGCAUCUGGACCUCCCUAACUGGGCCCUGCUGGUCCCAUUUGCUCAUUAGAAUUUCCUCUCACAUCAGUGGGGUACAGAAUUCAGUUUCUCCCUUCCCAGGUCCUUGGGAUGGUUGACCCCUGCCUCUGCAGUAGCCUUUUGUGAGUCUGCUAAGGUAGCUCUCACACACCUCGGCUCUGGGGUUGAUACCUGAGCCCGCAACAGAGCCCUGAAAUCGAGAGCACAGCUUGAGUGUGUGAAUAUGAUGUGUGCACAUGCUUAAUGACCGUGUGAGUGUGCACGCGUUUGUGGAAAGGAGGAUAUUCUGGCCUGAGAAGCUAAAGAAGAGGCAUGUCCAGUAUGCUUUGCAGGAUGUAUUUGCUCCUUUCCGUUCCCAUGCAGCCCAGAUUGGGGUGGAGCAGGAAGGAACUCCUUUCUGUUUCCAAGCCUCAGGACUCUUGAGCUGUGGCUUACUUGCUGGUUCAAGCUCCGUGGGCCACACUGCUGCUGUGCCAAGAAGGUGUACAGCCUCCCCAGGAUGAGGCCUUGUACAACCCUUUAUCCGUGCUCAACAUUUAAUCGUGUCCUAGCUGUCUUUUUAUUUUCCUUUUUGUUUGUUAGCAAAAACCUCUAUUUAGAUUUCAGUAAUCAGAGAAGUGUAAAAUAAAACAGAUUAUAUUGUACUUGA